UGAUUUUGAUUAUGACAUGGGCUUUAUUGUUUUCAAAAUCAUUUAGUUAAGAGUAUUCAAUAUUCCUAUAAUAUUCACUUCCUUUAUAGUUACCAUUAGGCCUUGAGUAGAUCUGUAACAGUGUUUUAACAAUGGUAGACCGAUUAGUAAAUAGCGAGGCAAAUGCUCGACGCAUUGCUAUGGUUGAAAGUUGUUUUGGUAGCUCAGGAGGACCUUUAGCUGUUCCUGGACGUGUAUUAGUUGGUGAAGGUGUUUUGACCAAAAUUUGUCGCAAGAAACCAAAACCUAGGCAAUUCUUUUUGUUUAACGAUAUUUUAGUAUAUGGAAAUAUACUUAUUAACAAAAAAAAAUAUAAUAAACAACAUAUAAUACCAUUAGAAGAAGUAAAAUUGGAAUCAUUACAAGAUGAAGGACAACUGAGAAAUGGCUGGUUAAUUCGUACGGCGUCUAAGUCAUUUGCAGUUUAUGCUGCAACUUCAACAGAAAAACAAGAGUGGAUGGCACAUAUUAAUAAAUGCAUUGAAGAUUUGUUAAGAAAAAGUGGUAAAAAAGCAGUAGAAGUUCAUGCUGCAGUAUGGGUACCAGAUUCAGAAGCAAAUGUUUGUAUGCAUUGUAAAAAGACUCAGUUUACUGUACUCAAUCGAAGACAUCAUUGUCGUAGUUGUGGUACUGUAGUAUGUGGUCCAUGUUCUAGUAAACGAUUCUUACUACCAAAUCAAUCAUCCAAACCAUUACGUGUUUGUCUAAAUUGUUUUGAUAAAUUGUCAAGAGAUAAAGCUCAACAAAACAGUACUAAUUUUAAUUAUUUUAAAAAUUCAUUGAAAGAUCGUAGUGAAUCAUCUGGUGAUGAUGACUCUGAUGAUGAUGAUAAUUUUGUUCCAUCGACUACUACACCAGAGCAGCCAAAGUUUUACUGAUUGUAUUAUUUUACCAUGUUCGUAAGUAUUUUUUUUAUUUUUGUUUCACUAAUAUUCUCUAUGAAAUAUGUGAUUCGUGGAACUAUAUAAUGUUUCAGAGUAAUAAUAAUUGUUUAUAUUCUAAAAAAAAUAUAUUUUACUAUUUUAACUAUCAAAUAAUGCAAAUUAAAAAUGUACAUAUAUUAUUUCAUUAAUUUGUAAACUCCGAAUUAUGUAUUUGUGAUACCUUGUUAAUAGUAUUGUUAAGUUAAUCUUAUUGAUAUUUAUUUGUUCAAUACCUAGUUAAAAUUAAAUAUAAGUCUAUUAUAUCUAUUUA